CGCCGUCUCCCAAGCGCCUCGGUCUGAUGCUCGGCAGCCCCUCGGCACGUAGUGGCCCGCCUCGCCAGUCCAGCCGAGCGCCGGCGCUUGAGUAGCUGCGCGGCCGGCGGUUUCCCCACAGCACCGCUCCCGCGUCAGCGCCGAGCCUCAGGCCGCCGCCAUGGGCUGCUGGGGCCGCAACCGCGGCCGGCUGCUGUGCAUGCUGCUGCUGACCUUCAUGUUCAUGGUGCUGGAGGUGGUGGUGAGCCGGGUGACCGCGUCGCUCGCCAUGCUGUCCGACUCCUUCCACAUGCUGUCGGACGUGCUGGCGCUCGUGGUGGCGCUGGUGGCCGAGCGCUUCGCCCGGAGGACUCACGCCACGCAGAAGAACACAUUCGGCUGGAUCCGCGCCGAGGUGAUGGGCGCGCUGGUGAACGCCAUCUUCCUCACGGGGCUGUGCUUCGCCAUCCUGCUGGAAGCCGUCGAGCGCUUCAUCGAGCCGCAUGAGAUGCAGCAGCCGCUCGUGGUGCUGAGCGUCGGCGUAGCGGGGCUGCUGGUCAACGUGCUGGGGCUCUGCCUGUUCCACCACCACAGCGGCGAGGGCCAGGGCGCGGGCCACGGCCACUCGCACGGCCACGGCCACCUCGCCAAGGGCGCGCGCAAGGCGGGCCGCGCCGGGGGUGAGACGGGCACGCCACCCGGCCGGGCUCCGGACCAGGAGGAGACCAACACGCUGGUGGCCAACACCAGCAAUUCCAACGGGCUGAAGGCGGACCAAGCAGAGCCAGAAAAAUUGAGAAGUGAUGAUCCAGUGGAUUUACAAGUCAAUGGGACCCUCAUCCAGGAGUCGGACAGUCUGGAAUCAGAAGACAACAGGGCUGGACAGCUGAACAUGCGAGGAGUGUUUCUGCACGUCCUUGGAGAUGCCUUGGGCUCCGUGAUCGUGGUGGUGAACGCCUUGGUCUUUUACUUUUCCUGGAAGGGUUGUACUGAAGACAACUUUUGUAUGAACCCGUGUUUUCCUGAUCCCUGCAAAUCGUCUGUGGAGAUAAUGAACAGCACCCAGGUCCCAGUGCGUGAGGCUGGUCCGUGCUGGGUGCUCUACCUGGACCCGACCCUUUGUAUUAUCAUGGUUUGUAUACUUCUUUACACGACUUACCCGUUGCUUAAGGAGUCUGCUCUCAUCCUUUUACAGACUGUUCCUAAGCAAAUCGAUAUCAAACAUUUGGUCAAAGAGCUACGCGCUGUUGAAGGAGUCGAGGAGGUGCAUGAGUUACACGUGUGGCAGCUCGCCGGAAGCAGGAUCAUCGCCACCGCCCACAUAAAGUGUGAAGACCCAGCUUCCUACAUGCAGGUGGCCAAGACCAUUAAAGAUGUUUUCCACAAUCAUGGAAUCCAUGCCACUACCAUCCAGCCUGAAUUCGCUAGUGUAGGCUCUAAAUCAAGUGUAGUCCCGUGUGAGCUCGCCUGCAGAACUCAGUGUGCUCUGAAGCAGUGCUGCGGGACUCGGCCGCAAGUCCACUCUGGGAAGGAUGCUGAGAAGGCGCCGACAGUUAGCAUUUCUUGUUUAGAACUCAGUGAAAAUCUAGAGAAGCAGCCCAGGAGGACUAAAGCUGAAGGCAGUCUCCCCGCUGUGGUGAUAGAGAUUAAAAACGUGCCAAACAAACAGCCCGAAUCAUCUCUGUGAGUCUUGAAAAAGAUGGGAUAUUUGACUUUUGCUUUUAAACUGCAAGAGAAAAUAGACUCGAUUGAAAUACUAAGUUUGCCAAGUAGUGUAAUUGAAGUCCUUGUCUGGUCGCACAGUUUAAUUCUAUUUUUGUAAGAACCACAUGGGAGUGCAUACUAGAGUGUGCCCCAUCACAGUCUGUGAUUCUUAGUGCAUAGUGCGGCUAUGCUGGAACACGUUUGAAAGCCAGUUUAACACUAUGUUACAGUUUUGUUUAAAGUAAGUAUAAACCUUAUAUGACAUAAUGACAUUUGAUUCCUGGUUUUCCCAUGAUAAGGAUUAGGGGGAUAAAUAAAAUUGUUACUGGAAUUUCUCUGCUUUUCUUUCCCCCCCAUUGUUAUAUCUUGUCUGUUAGCAUUAUAAUUGCCAGGCCUUUAAAAUCAUCAAGUUUGUUUCCUUCGAUGCUUGAGGGGAUAGUUACUUGCCCUUUGAGAUCAUAAACAUAGCACAAUGGCAGCAUAUUUUCAGAGCGAGUCAUGACUAUUAGCAGGAAAUAAGAUUAGGCACUACUCUGUUCCCUACUGCUGAGCAGUAGUAGCCUAGUAAACCCUAAGGUAACUCACAAGGCGAGUUACAGUUUAUACAUCUUGGAGCACAUAGGGGAUAAGAGCAGGGAAGAAGACAAGCUACGUCAGUUAUUGCAUACUCAUGUUGAGAUUACAGCUCUAAAUUAUCUUGAAAAUCUUCAAUGGCUUUAUUCUACCAAAGUUGGUCUAAACAUGUUGCCAGUGUUGCUUUCUUUCGAAGACUGGUGUUAGCAACCCUGAGGUGAAAGGUUCUAAGUGCGUGAAUGUUUUUGAGAAUGCGGACUUGGCUUCUUAAACUGCAGACUAUUAAUCUUAGAUUGUGUCUUAAACUUCCAUAGUGACCCGUCAAAUGGAUUGAAUACCUUCCUUCAUGUGCAGCCAACACCGUGUGUGCUUAGCCAAGAGCCAGUGACUUGAAAAUGAAAUCAGAUGGCUCAUGCAAUUUGGAUGUUACUUUAGAAAGCAAAACCAGUAAGAGGAAGGCUUAGGUGUUUAGCUUCCAUGUCUUGGCUUGCUGGCUCGCACUGUGCUCCCUGUGCAGGACACCGCACUUUGCACCCAGGAAGUCAUUCACGGCUGCUCUGUUGCCACAGAUUUCAAAUCCAACGCAAACAUUUGAAGAUUUUUAAGUUAUGUUUUCCUUGAUAGAGAAAGGUUAAUGUUUCGUGAAGGAAAUGUAGAUUUUUGUCUUCAAAAGAGUGAUUAUUACUAUCAGUUAUGUAUAGCUCUAUUUUUCUAGGAACAAAGUAUUCUGACUACUUCAAUAACUUUUAUAGCUGACUACUUUUGGGAAAGUUAACUUUUGGGAUUUGAAAUAAUUCAUUGCUUAAUAAUCUGAAAAUGGAAAUGUUAAGAGUAUGACAGUUACUUUAAGGGAUAGUGUCUCCUCUAGUGUAAUAAGCCUGUUGCUGGCAACGGGCCUACUUAAGAACAGCUGGAUUUUCUGAUAAGUGUAAUUUUUGGAAUAUAGUUUGUAAGUUCACAUUUACUACACUGGGCCAACCAUCAACCUACAUACUUUACUAAUGUCUGACCUAACCCCUUGGCAGGUGGUUACUUUGACUUUUGCAAAAUGUUUGUUUGUUUGUUUGUUU